AUGGAAGAUGAUUUCCUCAAGCCUGGAGCCAAUGAAACUUGUCGCUACCGCCAAUUUGACCCAAAGCUCAAAGAACAUGCGUUGAAGUUAGAGAGCUAUGCUAGAACUGAUGGCAAAGGUUCUUUAGAUGCUCCGAAAAGGACUCUUGUCCAUCGUAACGUAUACCAAAAACACAACAUUACACACAAGUUGAGAUUAGUAGAUGGAAUGGCAGUCCCAAACGAAGACAUUGAAAAAUACCUGACCCCUCCAACAAAUAUUAAAAAGCUUUUCAGCCAGGCCCCUAUUGCUCUAAUUCGACAACCUUGGGAUUCUUUGACGCCCAGAGAACGAGAGAAAGCAUAUGGAGAGCUUUCGAAAUAUGAUUUCCAACAAAUUUGGUCCCAUCAUCUUAAAGAACUUGGUCCGAAGCCUACCCAAGUAGCUACCGAUGCACUGAAAAAUCAACUUCGUGAAAACCUACCAGAUUACUGGCGCUCGUGGCAUAAGUCGUACUCGUAUGAACUUCCGAGAGCAUUUAAAAUGUUGCAGGAGAGGCGUCGAUUUCUUGAUAGGGGAGAAAUUCCAGAACAUGUAGACAGUAUUAGCAAGUCUGAGGAAGCUCCCAUAAAAUUGAAGAAUGCACCAAAAAAACUGGAGAAGCCUUCUGAGAAGAUACACAUUCCAUCUUUCACACACCUUCGUUGGUCUGCAUCUUUAGAAUCAGUAGCAUCCUCGCCUAAACUAGCAAUAGCCCCGAUGUAUGAAUCAGAGAUCCCUGCUCAAUCGAAACCUGCUCAAACUGUGGCAGGCAUGAGUUCAGUAGUGAAAAGGUCUACAAAGACUGAAUCAUCAGGAGCCUCAAUUUUAGGUCGUGUCUCUGCCUCAAUUACCGGUGUACUCGGGUAUGACAACGAAAAAGUCCUCUAUCUAGAAUGUGGAAAGGAUUUCGUUAACCAUCAAGCGUUUCUUGACCAUUUUAAACACGCUCACAGCCGUAAUUUCGGAGAUCUCAAUCAAGCUAUGAUGGAUGAAAUGAGUCCUAAUACGGUUUCAGAUAGCCUUCCCCUUGCUGACACUACCACGCUCUCUCCUGAGGUACCUGCUCCAAAUAGUCUUAAUACCUCUUCAUCCACAAGCUCCCAUGUCGAGCAUGAGGCUAACAAUUAUCUCACCAAACCCGCAACCAACACAUCUUCCAAUUCCAAGUCAAGCUCGACAAGAUGUUCGAUUCCUCAAUCAUUCACCAAGCCUAUCCUCAAGGCACCAAAACGGCCAGCCGGAGUUGCGGAUAUGUCUGGAUCGAAGCGACCAUCUUCGAAAAUGAGACGGUUGAGCCCAGUAUGUGUCAAAUCUUCUGUUUCUGAAAGAGACAACUUGACGGAUCCCAUGGAUCUUGAUAAUCCCCGGAUGAUUGUAGUAGCCGAUCCAGCAGAGUCUGGUGCCGGAUCAACCAGCUUCCUCACCACUGUUGUUUCUUCUUCACUUCAAACUGCUUCACUCUCAGUUUCGUCGAGUGAAAAAGCUCGAGAUAAAAUUAGCCCGACUGUCCAGGAGGUGGAUACUUCUGCCGAGCUGCCAGCUGCUGUUAAACUAGACAUUGAAACUCCAUCUGACAUCGAGCCUUCCACUAGACUAGGCGCCAGUAUGCCCACAAUCAUCACUGAGACGACCGCCUCCUCAACCGACACGGAUAAGAAGCCACAAUUGAAAGUUGAAGAAGAUCUAAAAAUUUCAGAGGCAGAAAUAAAGAGUAGUGAAGAGGAAGUAAGGAGACGGGAGACAGAACAUGAGGAUGCGAUAAGAAUUGCUGAGGCGAGAAUGGAAUUGCAUAAAGUUAGGAGAAAGAUUGAAACAUUGAGGUCGGGAAAUUUGUGA